UCUUCUGAUUUCUUCAAAACAGUUAUAAUUACAUCUCUGGUUAGCGAACUAAGAGUCGUUGAACUUCUUGAUGGCCUUUGCGAAAAGAUGCAAGAUUAUACACUCAAGAUAGAUACAAAUACCUAUGAAUGGUUCAAAGUGGAUAGCUGGGAUAACCUCACAACAAAUAAGCAAGAAGCUCGGGCAUAUUCAAAAGAUAUAUCUUCUUAUUGUGGAAGGUUACUUGAAGAAACAGAGGAUGAGUUGGCUGAAUUGAUCAAAAAAGGAUCUGUAAAAGUGGGAGGUGUGAGCAAAGUUCUUUGUCAAGAUUUGAGCAAACAUUGCAGUCAAAUGAGUGUAUCAUAUGCAGCAGAGGUUGAUGAGGAUGGACAUGAUGGAGAGCUCUAAAACCAUGGAUGUUAGGGUGGCUGAAAAUAUCAGCUUUUUGGGCAAUUAAUUAUUGACAGAAUGGAUCCCAAAAUUGAUAGUGUUGGAAUGAUCUUUUUUCCCAUUACAAAAAGAAGACUCUUUCAGCAAUAUGGUGGAUCGGACUCUAAUCACGUAAUUAUUAAGGGUUUGUGCCCAGCGCUCUAAAAUUUUUUUUUUUUUUUUUUUGUAUUUUAUAAAAUACUUAGUUAUACCUAGUAAUUCAGAGACAUAUUACGUCUACCGUUAAGUAAUAGAUACAUAGACAAGAUACCUGACCAAUGGAGAAUUCAUCUAGGGAUUCUUUAACUUAUUUUUAGUGGACCUUACGCUAUAUAGAACUUAAUGGUAGAAACUCAGUCUUAAAAUAACUCCUACAAUGGACUCCACAUCUUAA